AGGGCACCGGGGGGCUUCCUGGGGCUCCUGAUGAACUGGCACAUACCGGCUGCCACCGAUCUUCUACCUUGUCUGGGGACCGGAGGGGAGUGACACGUGCGGGCACAGGGGCACACAAGGGCUCUUUAUUCACUUUCUGUGCUGUUACGUCUUGGGGAGGGCUGGGGAGAAUUUUGGAAGUGGGCAAAAGAAAGGCAGAGCCAACAGGCGAGUACCAUCUCUGUGGAUUGGAAGAUGCACUUUGGAAUAUAGGAUACAAAUCGUUACCUGAAUUGGAUAUGGACAACCCAGUGACAUCAGCAGACUGAUUUGGAAAUUGUGAGCUUGCUGAUCAGAUCUCAAUAGUGAAUCAUUACUUCUAGAACAAUGAAUGGAAGAACUUGCAACAUGAACCACAGGGCAGCUGGCACUCCGCAAGGACCUGGAAUGAUAAGUGGCCAACAGAUUCCUCCUAUUAGAGUACAUGCAGGAACUCCAUGUCCAUCCUCUAAUAGCGCCACCCCAAGUCCAGCUAAUGGAAACUUUUUCCUUAAGAUGUCCAUCGCAGGUGGUGUAGCUCCUCAGAGCAAUGAGAACACCAUUCACUUACCAGCAUUAAGCCCCAGAAGGCAAGUCAUUACAAAUGGGAAACCUUUAUUUCAAGUUCCACAGCCCCCAACUCAGCAACCAUCAUCAUUGUGUAAACCAAAGCAGCAUGAAUUUGGACCUUCUUUUCCUGCAAGCUGUUUGAAAGGGAGCCUUGGUUUUGGGCCACAAUCCAAGACUGCAGGGAAAAGCAGUUGCAACAAUCUUAUGGUGACCAGCAGCCCCAUGAUGGUACAGCGACUGGGACCUAUCUCACCUCCAGCUAACCAGGCUGCGACAGCGUGCAACCAGAUCAGCCCUAGUAUACAGCGGAAUCUGCAUCACUUAGCUAUACCUCCAUCUGAUUCCAGGUCCCUUAUGUCAAGGGAGUCUCUUGCCUCUACCACUUUGAGCUUGACGGAGAGCCACUCAACAAUGAGUGUUAAGCAAGAAUGGUCUCAUGGGUACCGUAUAGUUCCAUCUAAUCAUGGUUCACAGAACAGUAGUGAGCCAGGAGAUGUCCUUAGCAUUCCACCAGGAACUUCCAUGUCCAAUAAUAGUGUUACAAAUUCAUUGCCCUCAUACCUAUUUGGUAUGGAGAACAACUCUUCACCAUAUCCUAGUCCCCGACACUCUUCCACAAGAUCGCAUUCUGCACGUUCCAAGAAAAGAGCUCUGUCCUUGUCUCCAUUAUCUGAUGGUAUUGGAAUAGACUUUAACACAAUGAUUCGUACCUCACCAACCUCAUUAGUGGCCUACAUCAAUGGAUCAAGAGCCUCCCCGUGCAACAUGUCCCCUCAGCCUGAAGUGUAUGGGCACUUUCUUGGUGUUAGAGGAAGCUGUAUUCCUCCAUCUUAUGCUGGUUCCAACUCACAGAGAAGCCUCCUUGCAAUUAAUGAUAGCAUUUCGAUUCCUGAGAGCAUGACUGCAGAAUACCAGCGCAUGCAGCAGCUAGAGCAAAACAACCUCCAGUCAGAUGCCAUGAACAACAUGGUGGUUCGACAAGGUGUUGGUCUAACUGAUGGCCAGACAAUGGGUGUCCUAAAAAGUGAAAGGGUGGAUGACUUUACAGAUGGCUCAAUUGGCAUUGGUUCUCAGCCUCCUCUUCCUCUACCAGCACCUCCUUCUCAUCAAGGACCUCCACCACCUUACCAUGCCCAUCAGCACAUUCACCAACAUGACAUGUUAAGCCAGUCUCAUCGACUUUCUCUCCCACCUUCUGGCCAGGUGCCUUUGCUUGAAGAGGAGGGGGAGAUUGAUGAUUUCAAUGGAAAACACUGUUGCCGUUGGAUUGACUGCAGUGCUCUGUACGACCAGCAAGAGGAACUUGUACGGCACAUAGAGAAAGUUCACAUAGAUCAGAGGAAAGGAGAGGACUUUGCUUGUUUUUGGGCUGGUUGCCCCCGAAGAUAUAAGCCUUUUAAUGCACGUUAUAAACUGCUCAUUCAUAUGAGGGUACACUCAGGGGAGAAGCCAAACAAGUGUACGUUUGAAGGCUGCAAAAAGGCAUUUUCAAGGUUGGAAAAUUUAAAGAUUCACUUACGGAGUCACACAGGAGAGAAGCCCUACCUGUGCCAACAUCCUGGCUGUCAAAAAGCCUUCAGUAACUCAAGUGACCGUGCCAAGCAUCAAAGGACACACCUGGAUACUAAACCUUAUGCGUGUCAGAUUCCAGGAUGCAGUAAACGGUACACUGAUCCGAGCUCGUUAAGAAAGCACGUAAAAGCCCAUUCCUCUAAAGACCAACAGGCCAGGAAAAAGUUACGAUCACGGACAGAACUUGACCAAGAGAUCCUCAGUGACUGCCUCACUAUUCAGCCUCUACAACCAGCAACUUCACCGCAGGAUCCUACAGAGAGUACCCUGGGAAGGUCUCCUGGCCCUGUGCAUGAUGUAUAUCAAGGAAACAUGUUCUCCAGUUCCCACUCAAGCAGAAGUGGAACUGCUGGUGGAAAUGUGCCGCAAGCUCUACCACCUAACCAUCCAUCCCCAGGGAGUAAUAUACAGAGUAGUCCACAUAAUCCACCAUCCCAGCUACCUCCUAUUACACCAAUGGAACCAGGCUCAGAAAGGUUUUCUCCUCAUCACUUGAGUCCAAGGAGAAUUACUGCUCCACCGGGUAUGAUGCAGAGACGCACUCCACAGCCUCCAACGGUACAGCCAGGUGGAGGGAACUAUAUGAAGAUAUACCCUUCAAUUGCAAACUCCUCAGUUCAACCAAACAGCCUUCAUGUUCAAGGGUUUUAUGGACAGCUGCAGACCUUUUGCCCCCCACAUUACAACGAUCCUCAGAGAAACAUGCAUCACAGCAGUGCCUGCAAUAUGGUGCCUCCAUUUGAAGACUGUUUGGUUCAGGCUUGCGGGAAUAAAACAGACUUUGAUGCGUUCCACAGAGCUUUCAACUCUCACUCUGGCAUUACAGUUUACGAUUUCCCAGGUGGAACCAAUGGCCUGUUUGGGGAUUCACAGAGGAAUUGCUCUGAAGAUACAAGUUUUCUUCAGAUCAAUGCAGUGGACCGAUGCCCUAGUCAACUUUCUUCAGUUUACACCGAAGGAUGAGGACAGAUAAAAAUCUUGUCUUUUAGAUCCAAUCCAGCUUGGGCAUUAUUUGCCACUUUCACAGUGCAAGACAUAUGUCGGGUUCCCAAGUGAAAUAAAAGAAACUACACAAUACUGAAAAAGACAA